UCUCUCUCUCUCUCUCUCCUUUCUAUCAUAUUCUCCAUCAUCUUGUGAGUUCCAUCGUCAUUAUCUGAACAUUAUUUACGAUUGAGACUAAGAAAAAAUAAAAUAUAAAGAGAGAAAAUUUCAACAUGAUUAUCCAAUGAAAAGGAUUAAUUAACCUUCUCUCAUCAUUUUGUUUAUGUGCAUUUAGUGUUUACCUUCAAUGUGUAUAUAACUUUUAUAUUGACAUUUUCCUUUUGUCCAUCGAUAAAACUUUACCUCGAACCAUAUUGAUCAUAGAUUUGAACUUGGAUUGGAUAAUUUGCUUUAUAUUCUUGAUAGAACCUUAAUCGGAUAAUUAAGUUUCUUUCCAAGCUCACAAUUAACAAACUAAUCGGUUCAAAAAUUAGGGAAUUAAAUGUGAUCAAUGGUAAUUGAAAGAUGAGAUUAGAUUCCUCCUCGUUGGAAACUUCAAAACAAACCAGAGCCAUUGGAAAUGGAAGUGAAGGUCUUAUCAUCGGGAUAAGCAUCGGAGCCUCAGUUUUCAUUGUCCUUUCAGCAGCUCUGGUCUGUUUACUUUACCGUCGAAGAUUAAACAACAAUACCGAUCAUCACACUACUUUACUACUUCGUAAAUUAUCAAAUAGCGAUCGACCUUUGAGUCUAAGACGAUCGACAGCAGUUAAAAGUCCCGGUGGAUCAGCAACUGGACCAACACUUAAGAAAAGUCCAAGUCCAACCGGAACUAAAAGUCCUCCAAGUAGAGAUCAAGAGGAACGACUUGGUGAAAGGAAAUCAUUAAUUGAUUAUAAAUUAACCAAAGAUUCAUCAUCAGAGAGACUUAAAAAAUUAACUAAUUCAAUUAUUGAGAAACCAGUGGCCAUUGAAAGUAUUGGUGAUUUAAAUCAACAACAAAAAUCUCAUAAUCAACAUAAUCAAAAUGAUCAUCAGAAUCAAAUUUUGGAAACAAAUAAAUCCAAUCAAGAUUAUUCAACCGAUAAUCAAGUUAAUCAUUUAGAUGAGAUGAAACAAUUGGGUAAAUUACAUUUCAAAUUAAAAUACAAUUACGAGAAACAAGCUCUUUGUAUUGUGAUUGGUAAAGCAACCGGAUUACCAAUUAAGGAAAACAAUUUAAAUGAUUACGAUCCGUACGUUAAAUUACAAUUAUUACCUGAUAAACAGCACAAGGUGAAAACUCGAGUUCUCCGGAAAACCGAUAAUCCAAUUUACGAUGAAGAGUUUAUCUUCUAUGAGAUAACACCGGAUAUGCUGGAGAGAAUUUGUUUACACUUCCUGGUUCUGUCCUUUGACCGUUAUUCUCGAGAUGAUGUGAUCGGUGAAGUGUUUUAUCAAUUGGGUCAUUUACACUUCGACACCUUAGAGAAACAAGUGUCACUUGUUGAAGACAUUUGUCCAAGAUCAAUGAAGAUUCGAUCUCAGGGGAGAGGUGAAGUUCUUGUCUCUCUAUGUUACCAACCAGCGGCCAAUAGGUUAACGGUCGUGGUUCUUAAGGCUCGAAAUUUACCAAAGAUUGAUGUCAAUCGAUUGUGUGAUCCAUUUGUUAAGAUUUAUCUUCUCUACAAUGGUCAACGAAUCGCCAAGAAAAAGACUCAUGUGAAAAAGCACACAACUGACCCGGUUUUCAAUGAAUCGUUUGUAUUUGAUGUUCCAUCGUCGGACAGUUUGGACAGUUUAAGUCUCGAAUUCAUGGUUCUUGAUUACGAUCGAGAGACUAAGAAUGAGAUUAUUGGUAAACUUGAGAUUGGAUCUAAAUCAGGACCAACGGCGGUUAGACAUUGGCAAGAGGUUUCGGCCUCACCGAGAAGACAAAUAGCCGAGUGGCACAAUUUACGAGAAUAGAGAAUUAAAUGAAAACAAAAUCGAUUGAUUUAUACAAUCAAAUUUGUGAUUGGAAAUCCAAUUUAGUAAUACAACAACAAUUUAACCCAAUUCAACACCCAUAGGAUAAGCAAAACACCUAAAUCAAACCAAAUUAGCAAUUAAUACAAUAACAACAUCCUGAUCAAUUGAUGUGAAAACUUUUUCCAACCUCAUGAUUGUAUUAAUCAACCAUCAACACUUUUAACCAUUGAUUAGGAAUAGAGAAAUCAAUCUAAUUGUUAUAAAUCAAUUUAAGUAACAUAAAAUGUUUAUAUUAGUUGAUUAAUUAGUUGAUAAUAUUUUCAAAUUUCAACAACAACAACAACAACAACAAGUGAUUAAUGAUUAGUAAUCAAUGAAUGCAUGAUGAGGUUAACUAAUUACUACAAUGAGAAACUGUUUCGCUUUGAUAAGCCCAACAAUUAACUCUAAUGGUAGUGAUACAAUUAUGUCAAAGAAAAAGUUAAUUUCCUCCCGAAAAUUGAACAAUUAAGCAAAAAAAAACAUACAUUUUCAUCAUCUCCAUCAUAAUCAUCAUCUUCAUUUAACUUUUCAUCAAACUCACAAUUAACACCAAACAAUUAAUAUAAAUGUAUAAUGUGCAUGUACAAUUUAAUUUAUAUUGUGCCGAUGAUAAUUUUAAUUAUUCAUAGAUUUAUGAAUUAAUUUUCUUGUAUCUUUCAUCUACCUGUUUCUUUGUCAUUAAUUGUCAUGAAAACAAUUAAAUCGUUUCCCAUUCAUCUUAUUUUUCUUGUCGAUCACAAUUAGUGAUCAAUUGUAUUAUCAAUUUCCUUGAUUAUUUCAAACGAAACAAUUUAAACCAAAUCGCCUCAAUCUCUUUUACAGAAAUCAUAUGAUGUAUUCCUAUUCAUGGUAAAUCCUCUAAUGAUAAUAAACGAAGUCAACUUAAUUAUAGUAAAUUUGGAAAACAAAA